AUGACCACAAUAACAGAAUCUCUAGGAACACAUCUUAUGGUUUACUUAACAUACGUCUGCCACAAAUGCACAUCACCCCCUAAGGUAUUCAAGACACCUUUCAACUUGCGACGCCAUUUGACGAGUCCUGCCCAUAUCGAAGCGCUACUAUCGCAAUAUGUAAGGAGAAUCUAUACCUUUGUAACUGGCGAAACAAAUGUAGUCGUUGUUGGAGAUACUGCAAACGAAGCACCGUCUCAACGAAAAAAGACGUUCAAUUUUCACCCAGCGACUGUCAAGCCUGCGUCCAAGCUUGUUAAAAUAACGGGCGAGAUUGUUUCAGCUCUACAACCUAUUUUAACGAUUGUCAAAGAUGAUUUGAUUUCAGAUCAAACAAAUGUUCUGUCGUUAAAAUUGUAUCCCACUGCGCAUAAUCUCAUUGUAAUCGCAUUAAAAGCCCAGCUAGCUGAUUUACCUCGAUUCCUUUGGACAUUUGAGCACAAAAAUGAUUUAGACAAAGAUGAUACAAUCUUUGUAAAUAUUAUUCAAUGCGUGCUCGCAGAUUUUUACAGAAAAUCUCAGCGCAGCCCGCAUUAUCAAUCAAAGUACGAACGUACGUUCUGGAUAGAUAGGGUUGUGCAUAUAUUCCGAGCACUCGGCAAUCAUAGUCAGCUCUUAGGGUUUCAAUGGUGUAAAAUUCCAACUGAAGAACACAUGGAGUUUAUUCUUGAUCCUCAUACUUUGAAACGUAACGUUUCAAAUAACUUUCAUGAUGAUGUGGGCUAUGACGACAGAAACCGCAAUCGUCUGUCAUUCUGUGUACAAUGCAGCUGUAUCAACAUCACUCUUUCAAUAACUACUUUGGAUCCCGAAAACGAUGGUUCCUACAUUACCAUUCGUGCGAUUUGCAGAUAUUCCAACCAAAGAACAAACAACAAUACUUGA